GAUCAAGUGCUCUAUCAGAACCAAAUUGCUGAGCCUGUCACCUGUGUUCCAGGAGCCAAACCAGCAAUGUCUUCCCCUGCACAACCUCAAGUCCCUGCCCCGCUGGCCAACUUGAAGAUCCAAUAUACCAAGAUCUUCAUAAACAAUGAAUGGCAUGACUCAGUGAGUGGCAAGAAAUUUCCUGUCCUUAACCCGGCGACGGAGGAGGUCAUCUGCCAUGUGGAAGAAGGGGACAAGGCAGAUGUUGACAAGGCAGUCACGGCUGCAAGACAGGCUUUCCAGAUUGGCUCCCCAUGGCGCACCAUGGAUGCUUCAGAGAGGGGGCGACUGCUGAACAAGCUGGCUGACUUAAUAGAAAGAGAUCGCCUGCUGCUGGCUACAAUGGAGUCAAUGAAUGCUGGGAAAGUCUUUCCCCACGCAUACAUGAUGGAUUUAGACAUCAGCAUAAAGUCAUUAAAGUACUGUGCAGGCUGGGCUGACAAGAUCCAUGGCCAAACAAUACCAAGUGAUGGAGAUAUUUUCACUUAUACAAGACGUGAACCUAUUGGGGUGUGUGGCCAAAUCAUACCUUGGAAUGGUCCGUUGCUUGUGUUCACUUUGAAGAUCGGCCCUGCCCUUUGCUGUGGGAACACUGUGAUUGUCAAGCCAGCAGAGCAAACUCCUCUCACUGCUCUUCACAUGGCGUCUUUAAUAAAAGAGGCAGGAUUUCCUCCUGGCGUGGUGAAUAUUGUCCCUGGUUAUGGGCCAACCGCAGGGGCAGCCAUCUCCUCACACAUGGACAUUGACAAAGUAUCCUUCACGGGAUCAACAGAGGUUGGCAAAUUAAUCAAAGAAGCUGCAGGGAAAAGCAAUCUGAAGAGAGUCACCCUGGAGCUUGGGGGAAAGAGUCCUUGCAUAGUGUUUGCGGAUGCUGACUUGGACAGUGCUGUUGAGUUUGCACACCAAGGAGUGUUCUUCCACCAGGGUCAGAUUUGUGUAGCAGCAUCCAGGCUUUUCGUUGAGGAGUCCAUUUAUGAUGAGUUUGUGAAAAGGAGUGUUGAGCGGGCUAAGAAAUACGUUCUUGGAAAUCCUCUGAACUCAGGAAUAAAUCAAGGUCCUCAGAUUGACAGGGAACAACAUGAUAAAAUACUUGGUCUCAUUGAGAGUGGGAAGAAAGAAGGAGCCAAACUGGAGUGUGGUGGUGGACGCUGGGGGAACAAAGGCUUCUUCGUUCAGCCCACAGUCUUCUCCAAUGUUACUGAUGAGAUGCGCAUUGCCAAAGAGGAGAUAUUUGGACCAGUGCAACAAAUCAUGAAGUUUAAAUCUAUAGAUGAUGUGAUCAAGAGAGCAAACAAUACUACCUAUGGCCUAGCAGCAGGAGUCUUCACGAAAGACCUGGAUAAGGCCAUAACUGUGUCUUCUGCUCUGCAGGCUGGGGUAGUGUGGGUGAACUGCUAUUUGGCUAUGGCCAUCCAGUGCCCCUUUGGUGGAUUCAAGAUGUCUGGAAAUGGGAGAGAACUGGGUGAGCAAGGUAUUUAUGAAUACACUGAGCUCAAGACAGUUGCAAUAAAAAUCUCUCAGAAGAACUCAUAAAGAAAACAGCAGAGUGAAGAGAACCCCUUCAGCAAUGACUACACAUCUCCUGUAGUCACCAGUAUAGUGGUGUUUUUUUUAACUCUUUUAUUGAUUUUUUUUUUUUUUUUUGUUUUAUGAGACAGGGUUUCUCUGUGUAGUUUUGGUUCUUACCGUGGGUGUCGAUCUGUAGACCAGGCUGGCCUCAAACUCACAAAGAUCUGCCUGGCUCUGCCUCCCGAGUGCUGGGAUUAAAGGCAUGCGCCACCACCACCAGGCCUUCUAUUAAUGUCUUAAACAUAAGCGAUUCAUCAGUACUAAUGUCACACAUAGAAAAUCUGUAGCUUAAUCUGAAAGAAACAUUAGCCUCCUAAUAUGUGACCCCAAUUCAUAUCCUAGAUUGAAAGGGUAGAUUUAGGUACAAGCUCUCUGUGACUGUCUUGAUCACGUGCUUUCCAUUGUAGCUACUUGUUUAGAAUAUUUACUUGGUAAAGAGGACCAAUCAUGAUUUAGUCUCUGUCCCUCAGUGACCCCUUGCAUUACUCAAUGUAAUGACUGCAGAGUAAGUUGCUCUGUGGUUAUCCCUUCUGAGUGUUGUGAUAUAUUUCCUAGAAUGUCAUGCCUACUUGUCAAAUGAAAUGCCUAAUGGAAAUUAGAAAGUAAAGCUUAAGAAAGGCACUCUCACAUGA